GGCAUUCCGGCGCUGAGCGGAGAAGCGGUGGGUGCGGCUAGCGGGUCGCGCGCGGAGAGGGGGUGCAGCCGGGUUUCCCCCGACACCCCUCCCCCUCAGGCACGAGCCCCACCCCUCCGCCGGCCGGGCCUACCCUGCCGAACUAUCCCCUGCGGCGCGAGCCUGGGGCGGCUCUGGACGCCCCUGAGCAGACCCCCACCCAGCAUGGGUAGCCAGAGCUCCAAGGCUCCCCGGGGCGACGUGAACGCCGAGGAGGCAGCAGGCGCUUCCCCCACCAAGGCCAACGGACAGGAGAACGGCCACGUGAAAAGCAAUGGAGACUUAUCCCCCAAAGGUGAAGGGGAGUCACCCCCCGUGAACGGAACAGAUGAGGCAGCCGGGGCUACCGGUGAUGCCAUCGAGCCAGCACCCCCCACUCAGGCCGCUGAUACCAAGGGGGAGGCCCCUCCCAAGGAGACCCCCAAGAAGAAGAAGAAAUUCUCUUUCAAGAAGCCUUUCAAAUUGAGCGGCCUGUCAUUCAAGAGAAAUCGGAAGGAGGGUGGGGGUGAUUCCUCUGCCUCCUCACCCACGGAGGAAGAGCAGGAGCAGGGGGAGAUUGGUGCUUGCAGCGACGAGGGCACUGCCCAGGAAGGGAAAGCUGUUGCCACCCCUGAGAGCCAGGAGCCCCAAGCCAAGGGGGCAGAGGCCGUUGCUGCCUCCAAGGGAGGAGACACCGAAGAAGAGGCAGGGCCCCAGGCUGCAGAGCCAUCCACUCCCUCCGGGCCAGAGAGUGGCCCUACACAGGCCAUCGAGCAGAAUGAGUAGCUGGGUGGGGGCAGGUGGGUGAUCUCUAAGCUGCAAAAACUGUGCUGUCCUUGUGAGGUCACUGCCUGGACCUGGUGCCCUGGCUGCCUUCCUGUGCCCAGAAAGGAAGGGGCUGUUGCCCCCUCCCAGCCACGUCCCCUUUCCCUCCUGUGGAUUCUCCCAUCAUCCAUCUGGUCUUCCUCUUAAGGCCAGUUGAAGAUGGUCCCUUACAGUUUCCCAAGUUAGGUUAGUGAUGUGAAAUGCUCCUGCCCCUACCUCCUUCUCUGGUCGUCCUCCCCCCUCCCCCCACAGAAAGCAAUUGCUGGUUUUCUUCCCCAAUUCUUUUCCAAGUAGGUUUUGUUUACCCUGCUCCCCCAAAUCCCUGAGCCAGAAGUGGGGUGCCUGCACUCCCAAACCCUGAGUAUCUAGCCUUCCCGUUUCAGUUUUUAGUCUCUUGUGCUGUGCCUAGUGGCCCCUGGGCUGGGGAGGACACUGCCCUGUCUAGGUUUUUAUAAAUGUCUUACUCAAGUUCAAAACUCCAGCUUGUGAAUCAACUGUGUCUCUUUUUUGACUUGGUAAGCAAGUAUUAUCCUUUGGGGUGGGGGGAGGUCUGUAAUGUGAAACAACUUGUUUUUGUCUUUUUUUUUUCCCUCCCUCUUGUUGUAAAUAACUUUUAAUGGCCAAACCCCAGAUUUUUUUUUUUUUUUUUUCUAACUGCUAAAACCAUUCUCUUCCAUCUGGUUUUACUGUAACAUUUGAAAAAGGAAUAAAUGUUGUCCCUUUA